GGACGGACCGCCCAGUGUCACACCAUUUGCUGUCCGUGGAGCAAAAUAACCACAUUGAAAAAGCGUUGCUGUUGAUUGAGUGUUUCUCUUCCCGCCCGGCGCUGUGAGUGCUUUAGAUGGACUGUGUGGAGCAGACAGACACAGAAGCAAAGGCGCCUUCCGUUGUCGACCGAUAUUACACACGGUGGUACCGAGCCGAUAUGAAGGGGAAACCGUGCGAGGACCACUGCAUCCUGCAGCACUCAAACAGAAUAUGUGUCGUCACGUUAGCAGACACUCACCCGAUCCUUCAGAAUGGGCGGACAAUCAAAAGCAUCAAUUACCAGAUCAGUAAUGGCUGCAGUCGGCUGAACAAUAAAGUGUCUGGGAAGUCCAAGCGGGGUGGUCAGUUCCUCACUGAUUUUGCACCUCUGUGUAGAAUAACAUGCACAGAUGAAACUGAAUACACAAUCUACAGCUGCAUCCGGGGACGUCUUCUUGAGGUCAAUGAGAAUAUUUUAGAAACACCCUCUCUCUUGCUGGAAAGGCCAUCCACUGAAGGAUACAUCGCAGUCAUCCUGCCAAAGUUUGAAGAAAGCAAGAGCAUAACAGAGAAUCUCCUGAGCAGAGAGGAGUUCGAGAGUGUCGUCUCCAAACGUACUGUUGCCCAAUCACAACCCUCUUGACGGAGCUCCAUGUUCUUGCCUUAAGUCAAAACUGUUCUGGGAGAGUUUCUCUUCCUUCCUCUCCCCCCAGGUUGGGUGACGACUGAGGAGGACAUUCACUUGUGGUCCCUUCAAAGGGAUUAUUGCAUAUAAUGCUAGCACUGCACUGUGCCUCUAGACUAUUAUACAUUGUUUUCCACUGUUUGAGUGUCAGGAAGCAUUCAAGUUCUUUAUUUAUUUUCUAAUUUGAAAUAGAGGAAAGUCUUUCUGUUAAAUAUUCAGAGUGAAUUAUUUUUCUAGAAUGUCAAUAAACACAAACAGUGAUUUAAGAAAAAA